AUGAGGAGACGGGCAAUAGUUAUUCCAAUAUUCUUUUGCCUUGUCACACCAAUCUUGCUCUAUCUGCUCGGCUCGUUCGCUCUCAAUCGCCUUCAAGACUAUGAGAGGAGUGAGGAGGAGAAGGUGAAAGAAUGGCAACACAAACACCUCCCAAAGCAAGACGAUGACGUGGCACCACUUCCUUCAACUACACAACUUCCAGAAAUCGAAGAAUCUGAGGAAGUCGAAGACAUCGAAGACAUCGAGCGGAUCACAGCUUCUACAAGGAAAGUUUCAGAGGAAAUUCCAGAGGAAUGGCCCGAGCCACCCACCACUACUACAUCUACAGUGGCUACCACUGAGUCCACUACAGUACCCACCACCACCAUUACCGUACCCACCACCACCACCACUACCGUACCCACCACUACCACUGAGUCCACUACCGUAACCACUACAGUACCCAUCACUACCACUGAGAGUACCACCACCACCACUACAAGCACGACACCACCGACACCACCAACUACUACCACACGGAUCCGGACAUGGACUUAUCCCACAAGACGCCCACCAAUUUAUGAUCCAAAUCGUCAUCGCUAUGGUCAGGACCGUGUCACCCACCACCACCAUCACCACCAUCAUGAUCACACUACCACAACUCAGGAGCCCACAACUACAACUCAGGCUCCGCCUCCAUCUUCCACUACUACUCGGAUUCGGGUGACCACCCCUGCGAUCUCCUCAUCCUCCAACUCAAUCUACGACAGGAUCACGAUCCCAUCGAUCCCGCCAACCUCCAGCUACCGUAACCCAUACAUCCAAAAGAUUGCGGUCACGUCGUCUACCUAUGUGGAUCCUACCACCACCACUACCGGUCAUCGCCACCAUCAUCAUCAUCACCACAACCGAACUCAUAUCGAUAUCCAUGCCCAUCACCGCCAUCAUAUGCCAUACCCGCAGUUUCCAUACCCAAAUUUCCCAAGUAUACUGUACCCGAGUUCUACCACCACCACAACGGAGGCCCCAACUACAACAACUACAACUACCACGGAGCCGCCAACUACUACAGUACGCCACCACCAUCAUGGUCAUCACCGCCACCAUCAUAGCUCCACAACCAACCGCCCAUCUACCACAACUACCACCCGAAUGUCAGAACUAGACCACUGGGGAUUCGUGUUGGAGUCGGAGGAGGAGUUGAAGAGCUCUGAGGAGGAGAGCACCACCACAAGCUCCACGACGACUACGACUACAACUACUACACCUGCUCCUACACCUGCUCCUACACCCCGAGCCGCUCAGAACAUUCCAGGCUUGCCACGUCAUCGCCAACCGGAGCCACCGACUCCGCCUAUCAAGCGUGUAGAACGCGAAGCUACAAUUGUCACUGGCUUUCUGGACAUUGGUCGAGGCGACUGGAGCAUGUACCGUCGGCCCCUGGAGAUCUACCACGACUACAUGGAGACCCUCCUCAACCUCCGAAACAAUUUCGUGGUAUUCACAGAUGAUUCGAGUUAUGAUUUUGUGGUGAAGACACGGACCAAAUAUGGAUUAAUGAAUAUGACGAAGGUCUACAACAUCAAAUUGGAGGAUUUGCCGUUGUACGGAACAAUCGGUGACGUUGACAUGAGAUCCCAUCCAGAAGCCAACAGUGCUGAGUACAACAUCGUUGUCAACUCGAAAACCCACUUCCUGCAAAACGUCACAAUCGAAAACCCCUUCAAUUCGGAGCACUUCAUUUGGAUAGAUGCGGGUUACGGACAUGCCAACGAGAAUUUCUUCCCGUAUAGCUAUAAAUGGCGGCCGGCACUUCCGGAUGGCAAGAUUUCGUUGAUCAAAGUGACGCCGGAUUUCGAUGAUCUCAAGAAAUAUGAUCUGCCCAAGUUGUAUCGGAAGAAUGUGGCGUUGAUCAGUGGAGGAUUCAUUGCGGGAGAUAAACACGCGAUCGGCCAACUCCACUCGAUCAUCCACCGCAAAUUCAUCCAACUCAUCUACCAGAACCGUGUCGACGACGAUCAAACUCUCCUCACCCUUGCCGUCAAUUCAUUCCCCCAACUGUUCCAUGUGGUCUACGGAGACUGGUUCGACGCCUUCCGUCUAUUUGACACCGAUCCAGAAGUUCAGUUGGGUUGA